GGAAAAAAAAAGGUCAGAAACGUUGUCCCGAAGAUGGCGGCCUCCUUGUGUCAGUGUUACCAGGUUUCUGUGCGAAGGAGCUGCGUGCUCCUUGCUGCGCGCUCCUCCUCCUCCUCCUGUGUGUCCACGUGCAGCGCAGCAGCCCAGGCCGCGCGCAGGACAUCAUCAUGUGUGUCACACACACACCUGUCACAGGUGCGGUACGCGUCGGGCGGCGGAGGGGGCCGCAAGGGCUUCUUGGGGGAGUUCGUGGAUAGCUUGAAGCAGGAGCUCAGCAAGAACAAGGAGAUGAAGGAGAACAUCCGCAAGUUUCGGGAAGAGGCUCAGAAACUGGAGGAGUCCGACGCUCUCAAGCAGGCCAGGAGGAAAUAUAAAACGAUUGAAUCGGAAACCCUGAAGACAUCGGAGAUACUUAAGAAGAAGCUGGGCUCGCUGUCAGAGACGGUGAAAGAGAGUUUGGAGGAGGUGAGUCGCUCUGAUCUGGGGAAGAAGAUCAAGGAGGGUGUGGAAGAGGCAGCCAAGACGGCCAAGCACUCGGCGGAGUCUGUGUCCAAGAGCGGGGAGAAGAUCGGCAAGAGCGGAGCUUUCCGGGCCAUUUCGCAGGGCAUGGAGACGGUGAAGAAGGAGAUUGAUGAUCUGGGGCAGAGUGGCCCCUACCGACCUCCCACCCAGUUACGGAAGAGGAGCGACUUCUCCUCCAGGGCUGCAGGGACCGAGGCUAAAGUGUUUGAGGCCAACGAAGAGGCCAUGGGUGUGGUGCUGCACAAAGACUCAAAGUGGUACCAGCAGUGGAAGGACUUCAAGGACAACAAUGUGGUUUUCAACAGGUUCUUUGAGAUGAAGAUGAAGUACGAUGAGAGUGACAAUGCCUUCAUCCGAGCUUCACGUGCCGUCACAGACAAAGUCACUGACCUCAUUGGUGGUCUGUUCUCCAAGACUGAAAUGUCAGAAGUGUUGACUGAGAUCCUCAAGGUGGAUCCUAACUUUGACAAGGACUCUUUCCUGAAGCAGUGUGAACGUGACAUCAUACCCAACAUCCUAGAGGCAAUGAUUCGCGGAGAUCUGGAAGUGCUGAAGGACUGGUGCUAUGAAGCUACAUACAGUCAGCUGGCGCAUCCCAUCCAGCAAGCCCGGACUAUGGGUCUGCAGUUCCACUCCAAGAUUCUGGAUAUUGACAACAUCGAUCUUGCCAUGGGGAAGAUGAUGGAGCAGGGACCUGUGCUGAUAAUCACUUUCCAGGCCCAACUGGUUAUGGUGAUCCGUAACCCCAAGGGAGAAGUUGUAGAGGGAGACCCGGAGAAGGUGCUACGGAUGAUGUAUGUGUGGGCGCUCUGCCGUGACCAGGAGGAGCUCAACCCGUAUGCUGCUUGGAGACUUCUGGAUAUUUCUGCCUCCAGUACUGAACAGAUUCUCUGAGAGAAGUGAGCACAGGCAGUUUUGGGUGGGGUACACAGGCCGGCUUUGGACACACAUGCUGUCCUCCUUGUCGGCAGCAAAGAGUUCCCUGGAAGGUGGGCUGCUCGCAUUUUGGACUUUGGACUUGCCGCUCCUUUUGCCAUCCAUGCCCACUGGCCGACGUGGACUGAAGUGAGCGCCUCGCCCAGAGUCGGUCGACGGUCCUCUCUGCGUGAACCGAACGGCGGCUGGAAGCGGGCCGCUCCGCCUGGCCACCUUAUCCCCACUGUGUGCCACGCUGCCACCUCUCUUUUCUCACUCGGCCGGCUAGGAUUUCCUUUACCUCUUCAGGGUAGUGUGGCUUGUCAGUGCCAUAAACUCAUGUGGCCAACCUUUUUUUUGCCAUUGUUGGAACUUUUAGAACAUAUUUAUUCAACAGUUUUGUCCCACUGUAAAGGCCAUCAGAAAUGGUUUAUUGUAGGAAUGUGAAAAUUAACGUUUGUAUCUACGUUAUGGCAAAUUAGGAAACAAAAUGUGCUAUCCUGUAAUUGCUCUGGUUUUCCAUGAGUUGAAAGGGUCACAUCUUGAAUUGAAAGACAAAUAUCACAUUAAUACCUCAAUUAACUGGGGUUCAGAAUAUGAAUAUAUGCAUGUUUCUGGAAGUGGUUUGUCUUCUGAAACGCCUCUGACGGUACAGCUUAGUUUGGCAGUGUAGUGAAAUGCUGCUUGUUACGUAACCUAAAAAAAGGGUUAAUUAUCAAGUUACAACUGAGCAGGUCUCUUUAGCGAGCCAGUUGAAAGGAGUGUAUUUUUUACCACAGGCCUGUGAUUCUUAGACCUGGCUGCCCCAAAGAGCCCAGGUUCUACUGUGGAGGUUGCAGAGGGUCACCGCUUCAGCUCAAUCGAAUAUCGUAGGUUUGUGGUUUUUCCAUUUUCGAAGAACGCACUGAGAUGGAUGUAAAGUGGUGCGCAAGGGCUCCAGUAAUUCUGCAUUUCGCUGUAUGGUAAGGCCUCAUACCAAGAAGGAAAUGGAUCCAGUUUGAAUACACCAUCUGAAGUCCUUCUGGAAUGAUGAGAAGAGAGUGCUUUCACCAUGAGCUCUUCUACACAAUGGACCAUUCCAGCACUCUUGUGUGCGGAUCUGGGGGUUGCCAUGGGUACUGCGGGCAGCAUGCCAUGCUUGACCUAGGGAAUGUAUUUACCUGUCUAUUUAAUGUCAAUAAAAUGCACCAGGGCUGUUGUCUGUACCCCA